CUUAAAUUCUCGUGUUCUUUUAUUAAACGGCCAAUAUCAAUCCACAUUCACUCACUCGGCUCUGUCCUGUCACCAUUACCAGCCACUCCCUUUUUCUUCGUUUUCCUGUCCAAUUUUAUUUGAACCCUCACUCCCCCUUCCCUUUCUACUAGCACUUCAAUACAACACAACCCAAAAUAAAUAAAUAAAUAAAAGAAAAUAAAAAAAAAAACAACCAAAAGAAGAGAAAAAUGGCACUGAAACUUUCAUUGCCUCUGCCUCGUACUAUUCGCACCCCUUCCCUCAGAAACCCCAACCUAAUUUCACUUCCUUCAUCACUCUCAGCUCGCAACUACAACGCUGCUCUUCCUUCGAAAUCGUUCCAUGCGGCGUCAAUACGACGUCGCUUUGGGUUCCGACCGGCUCGUGUGGCUCAGGGACAAGAGCUCAGUGGUAGUUCCGAAGAUAACGAUGGAAUGGUGGUGGCGGUGGAAGAAGAGGGUGAGAAGAAGGAGCUUGCAGAUCAGGGUAUAUGGAGCCAGGUGAAGGAGAUUGUGAUGUUUACUGGGCCUGCUACUGGACUUUGGUUGUGUGGGCCCAUCAUGAGCCUCAUGGAUACUGCUGUUAUUGGUCACGGUAGCUCAAUUGAGCUUGCUGCCUUAGGUCCUGCCACGGUUGUGUGUGAUUACAUGAGCUACAUGUUCAUGUUCCUCUCUAUUGCUACCUCCAAUAUGGUUGCAACUGCCCUUGCUAACCAGGAUAGAGAAGAAGUUCAGCAUCACAUAUCUGUCUUACUUUUUGUUGGCUUAGCCUGCGGCAUCUCGAUGCUUUUGUUCACAAAGGUGUUUGGUGCAGCAAUACUCACCGCUUUUACUGGACCAAAGAAUGCACAUGUAGUACCUGCUGCUAAUACUUAUGUUCAGAUUCGAAGCUUGGCAUGGCCUGCUUUACUUUCUGGAUGGGUUGCUCAGAGUGCAAGUCUUGGCAUGAAGGAUUCCUGGGGACCUUUGAAGUCUUUGGCAGCUGCCACCGUUAUAAAUGGAAUUGGUCUUGUAGUUCUGUGCCGCAUCUUAGGAUAUGGUAUUGCAGGGGCUGCAUGGGCUGCAAUGAUAUCUCAAGUAUUUUCUGCAUAUAUGAUGAUUCAAAAUCUAAACAAGAAAGGAUUCGAUGCACUUGCUUUAUCCAUUCCUUCAGGGAAAGAAUUUCUGAAUAUACUUGGUCUUGCUGCUCCUGUAUUUUUAACACUGAUGUCAAAGGUGGCUUUCUACUCGCUGCUUAUAUAUAAUGCUACUUCAAUGGGUACCCAUACAAUGGCCGCUCACCAAGUUAUGGUUCAAAUCUACAUGACAUGUACAGUUUGGGGCGAACCUCUCUCCCAAACUGCUCAAUCAUUUAUGCCUGGGUUGAUAUAUGGAGUAAAUCGGAAUUUGGCAAAGGCCUGGUUGCUUCUAAGGUCUCUUGUAAGUAUUGGAGCUAUACUUGGAUUGUUGUUGGGGAUUGUUGGAACAUCUAUUCCUUGGUUAUUCCCUUAUCUUUUUACACCUGAUCAGAUGGUCAUCCAAGGGAUGCAUAAAGUGCUGAUACCGUAUUUCAUAGCGCUAUCUGUGACACCACCUACUGUAUGCUUGGAAGGAACAUUGUUGGCUGGACGGGAUCUAAGAUUCAUAAGCUUGUCAAUGAGUGGAUGCUUUUGUCUUGGUGCACUAGUGCUAUCAGUCUUAAGCAGUAGAUUUGGUUUGCAAGGCUGUUGGUUUGCCCUUGCCGGAUUUCAGUGGGCUCGGUUUUCAAUUGCCCUUUUGCGCCUUCUCUCUCCCAGUAGCGUUCUGUCCUCAGAAGAUUUAAGCCAACAUGAGCUGCAAAAGUUGAAGGCUACCUAGGUUAGAAAUACUAUUUUUACCAGCACAUGGAUAUUCUUUCCUUUUAACCAAUGGUCUCGUUCAAGUAUGGAUAUGGAAACCAAUACUGGAAGAAUCAUACCCUCUAUGAGAUCUCAAAUGCCAGACAAGAUUCCCUUCUGUAGGAUUUCUACUAUUCUACCAAAAAGAGAAACUCUUUAUCCGCUGUAUUAUUUUUUUGUUAGUGUCACAUAUUGUAAGGAAGGAAGCAUGUUGUCUGUACUGUAGCUUAUAAUUCUUUAAAUUGUAAUGCAAAAUGCAAAACAAGAAUUGAUUUAUUUAAAAAUUGA